AUGAUGAUGAUUUCGACGAAUGGAAAGCAGCUGAUCGAAAGGCGCAAACGCAAGCUGUUGUUGGAAGACAGCCAUGCCUCUAGUCAAAGGGAAAACAAAGCCAGGGAUGUUCUCCGCACUAAAAGCUAUCACCAGAAAACAUCAAGAUCUGUCCGCGCACUGGCAAUGAGCGAUGAGUUAGUGCAGUCUCAACAGAAACUGAUGGUGGAGUUCAAGUCUGUUUGUGAGCAGUGGUUCAAGUUGAACAACGGAACCACCAGACUGCGGAACAAUGCCGUCCCGCGGGCUCCAUAUGUGAACUAUAAAAUGCUGUUGCUGAUAUGGAAGAAAGAUUGCCUGCUAGAGAAAUCUCGCUGUAAGGGUGGCAUCUAUCAUCGGAUCGAACUGGAAAAUCUCAACACAGCAACAGAUGAUAUUAACAAACUGGAAAUUGAGCUAGAGGAAGCCAAAUCAACCUUUCGGAUUCUGAUGAACGAAUCCACCCGGCGGCUGAAACUGUCGUCCAAGAAACUGGGCAGCUGCAUCGACAAGGCGCGGCCGUACUACGAAGCGCUGGAAAAGGCCAAAGCGGCCCAGCUGGAAUGCCAGGCAGCCGCGAUCAAGUUUCAGCGGGCGAACGAGAUUCACGCGGCGGCAAAGGAAACGGUGGCCCUGGCGGAGCAGCGCUUCAUGAGCAAUUCGCACGAGUGGCAGUUCGAUAAUGCCUGGCAGGAGAUGCUCAAUCAUGCCACGAUAAAGGUUAUGGACGCCGAAAAGCAAAAGGCAGAAAGCGGAGCUGAACACCAGAAGAAAGCAAAAGUAUUCCAGGAAGCAGAACUGAAAGUACAACACUUGGAGGAGCGCAACCGGCGUAGCAUACAAAAAUCGAGGCCAUACUUUGAGGAGAAGCAACUAUGUCAGGAGCAGUUGGAAGCCCAGAAGGGUCGUAUCCAGCAGCUGGAAGAUCAGAUUUCCGCAGCCAAAACCGCUUACGGUACGGCACUCCGGAAUCUGGAGCAAAUUAGCGAAGAAAUACACAAGCAGCGGGGUGACUUGAGCCUCGCUGCACCUUCAGGUCCCCGAGAACCGGGUGUCGGAGCAGAACUGUCCAACCUGCCUCCAUCUGCGAGCUCGAUGAAACUGAGCUCCCCUGGUAACAGUGGUAGCGGUAACUUCAACAAUUUCAGCAGCAAUAUGCCAGACAUAUCGACUGAGCUGGACAAGUGUGAGAUACACUCGGUGGGAAGUACCUCGCUGGCUACCAGUUCCGCCGUCAGUGAGAAGGAUCCAACUGACGAUGACUACAUGAAUGAUGCAGAUCUGAACCUGGAGUUGCUCCGGCAAAAAGUAAAAACUCUUGCCGUUCGUCCGGUGGAAGGUGGCGAUGGCCAACAGCAGGAACAGGACGUGUGGGAGCACGAGCUGAACGCCACCGUCGACAAAUUGGACCACUUGAUGAUGCUGCGGGAAUGUUCUGUCGGCAGUUUGAAUGCAGCAUCCCUAGGCGACAGCAACCAAGCCAACAACUAUGCCAGCCUGCCAACCACUCCAAAACAUCACCAACAGAUGUCUCCAGUGCUGGCGGAGAAGCAGAAAAUCAAGAUGUUCAAGAAAUUGGAUCCCCUUCCGCUUGCAAAUGUUUCGAUGUACGCGCUUCCAACCUAUCUGAGCAGUAGUGGAGGUAGUGGGAUGAUUCCCUCCUGCACGGGUAUUCCUUCGGUUCCUAUGGGACACAGUGAACUAGUAACGCCUCGUAACGAGACGGUUGCGCCCGUUAUUGGGUUCAAAAGCAAACGGAAGAUGUCCAUGUAAGAUUUGUGGUAACAAGGUUAGUUCGUAAGCAAAUCUUUGACUGAGAAAAGAUGCAGAGCAUGUGAUUGCUCGUUUCAUAUCCAGGUUUUCUGGGUAUGGUAAUGUCCCUCGGUAUCGUAUUGUCAUACUAACAUUAAUUGUGUAUUUUUUACAAUAUGCUAAGUUUAUUCGCUUCGUGCUUUUACGUGUAUUUUGUUCAUUUUCUACGUUUUACUAGGAAUAACGAAAUAAUGGAGGUUUACCACCAUUCAAAGCUUUUGGUCGUCUAAUAAGAAUAGGAAUUAAGUCUGAACAUGAGUUUGUCAUACCUACACAUCAACCGAUGUACAAUGCUAUAUUCUGCAGAAUUAUUUGCUCACUAUAAUGAGCCUUGUACAUAUUUUCGUCGAUUUAUUUCUAAUAGUAUGACACAGUAUCUUUGAGAGAAUUGGCAUUUAUUAAUUUGAGUUGCUUGUCAACAGUCCUAUCAAUUGCUUCAAAUUUUAUCACAAUAUCACUGUUCGUUCGUUUACAUUUGCAAUGUUAAUUUGUCGUUCGACACAAAAAGUUACCUUAGGAAGCAAUUUACUGCUAGACUACAAUUUAUUCAGUACAAACUCGGAAUGUAUACACGAAAUAUACAUACAGUGAAAAGGCUAACAGAGAGUAAACGUUAGUGAAAUGGAAAUAAUUACAAAACUGAAAUCUAUAUUUGCACCACAGUCUGAUUUUAACUAAAUAUAUUUGAAAAUGUGAAAAAUAUAGUAAGAAGGCAAAGCACUGUUAUCGAAAAGCAACAUCUCGAACGGAGUUCUUAACACUUACGCUUUCUGUUUGAACACUAAUAGAGAAUAGUAGGCAACCAAAAGCAGUAAAACGGUUUUACUUGAAUACAAGAAGAAGCUUUAUUACAAAGCAAAGGAGUGCAUUUGUUUGUCAUUCCUUUGUUAUUAGUUCCGAAAAAUAGUGUAGUUCCGACUUCGUAUUCAUCGUGUUUGUAUCGGAAUGUUCAAUAACAUGUUUAAAGAAAUUGGGCACAAAAGAGUUUAUUUAGUGCAGAUGCAUUGUAGAGAAAAAUACUUAUAUCGAUUUUAUUUAGUUGAAAAUGAGAUCAAAUUGAAAAGUUGGGUGAUUUGAAAUAUUUAAAUAUUUAAACCUAACCUCAUAAUAGCAUUAGGUUAAACGUUUAGAAAAUGAAAAUAAUAUGAUUUGGUUUUAUUUUGAAAUUAUCAUGUCUGUGUUUAAACCUGGCAGGGGAUUUCUGCGGUUACCGGCAAAAUUCCCCUUUAAAUUUGAUGACAAAAGAAAGAGAAAAAGUAACAGCAAUUGAAACACUGUUUGAUGCGAUCUGUCGGAUAGUUCAAUCAAACUAUUGGAGAAUAAAGAAAUAUAAACCACAUUAAACGUG